AUGCAAAUGAGCCCCGUAAGCGGCUGAAGGGAGAAGAAAGGCGAAGCGGUUGCAGGAGCGACUCAGCCGCCGCGUUAGCCAGCCAGCCAGCCAGCCAGCCAGCCCGCGAGGCAGCAGGAAGGGUGCCCGGGAGGGGAGCCGCCACAAAGCCAGCCGAGCCCUUCCCUCAGGCAGCCGCCAAGCUCCGUGCGAGAGCAGGACGGCGCUGCUGCUCGUGGCCGCCGAGCUGGGCUUUGUCUGCUGAGAGACGCCGGUGGUACCCACCCCCUUUGCGCCAAGCCAGCCAGCCAGCCUGCCAGCCCGCGCAACUGCCUGCGCUUGUGGGGAAGGCGAGAAGGGACGCUGCGCGAUUUGCAAGGCACAGGUAAGCGCUGCGCAAAAGGAGAAGCUCCUCGCCCGCCCGCCCGCCCGCCCGCCUUUCUCGGGGAGGGGGAGGCAUUUUCGCUUGCCUCCCCGCCCCGCCGACUCUGUCCCUGUAAUGCAAAAAAAGAAAGGUCCUGGCUGUCAAAAGCGUGUGUGCCUCCUCCUCCUCCCCAGCCCACACCUCUCCCCAUUGUCUUGGGAUGAGCAUCUUGGAAGGAUGCGGGUUGGGUUAGGUAGGGGGCUGCUCCGGGGCUUUCUCGCUCUCUCUUUCCCCUAAGCAACCCCUUUCCUGCUUUGCCAAAUUGGGGAGCUCUGCGAUUUUUUUUGCACCAUUUUGGGCUGCUUGGCUACAGCUGAGACGGGGAGGAGGAGGUUCCCUCUCUGUCUAGGGGAGAAGGCGCCUGUCAUUGUGUGGAAGCAGAGGCAAAACGCCCCCCCCUUCCCUCCCCUUUAACCGACUCCUUUGGGCUUUCUCUUGCCUCAUUUGGCCACAGGCACCAGGGAAAUUCUGUAUUCUACAUUUUUUUAAAAAAAGAAUCCUGAUAUGUCUGUCCACUUGCUUUGAGCAUGCUGGGGAGACACCUUUAUUUCAUGCAUUGAUAGCUACAGUGGUUUUUUGUUUUUUUUGGAAAACGUGCAGGCGGAGACAGGGACAACGUGCCCCAUCUGCUAACAUGGGGGCAGAUGGUGUCACCUCUUUUCUUUUGGAGAGAGAGAGAAAAUGAAGAAAGGAAAUAUAUGGGCAGGGUGAUUCUCUUUUGAAGUCCAUUAUCAUCUGUGCAUUGAGGUGUUCCACGUGGCUUAUUAUUCUAUAUUAAUCACUUGAGCCACAUUUUAAAGGAUGCCUUUUUAUUUUUUUUUUAAAAAGCCCAUUAUGUAACUGAGGAUGGUGGCUUUUCCUAAUGACUGGCCAAACGGAGCCUAUUGUUCAGUCUUCUCUGAAUGAUUUGUAUAUUGAUUUGUGGCAUGUAUUUGGGGCUGUGUUUGAUUGCUUUGUGGAACUCUCCACCCGCAUUUGCAGUGCCGCCUUCCUGCACUCGAUGAAUGUGGUGUGCAUGGUAGGGGCAUGAAGGUCUUAGCUGGGCGUGUUCCAUUAUACAGCAGCCUGCAAUUAGGGUCUGCAAAGUGAUUUAUUGCCUACAAAUUUUAAUUGUUAGGCUGUCACCCUUAAACCGUUUAUUCUGAGCUGUGUGUGUGUGUGUCUAUGGACCUUCUCUGGAUUAAGUGGCUUGAGAGCUGUGGCCUAUUCCUCAUGCUGGACACACAGAAUUUGGGGCGGGGGUGGCAGUAGUUGGUGUGACAUGGCCAUGCUGUGAUUGAAAGGCAUCACAUUUCCUCUUUAAAGCUUCCUAUUGAAGUAAAAUUAUUCAUGCUGGGUCAGAGCAUCUCCUAAACAUUCUUCAAUUUUUUUCUGUAAUUUUUUAAAAUUUGCGUUUAAUCUUCUGCAGGAUUCUGCUAGUUCCCACCACUGUGUUUCCCCUAUGCAGUCAGGCUCACACGUUCAGAUGCAAGGCUAUUCUUCUGUGGCCUUUCAUGUAUAAUACUAGGAUGGUACCAGGCUGUUUUGUAUAAAUCUGCACUUUGGAGUUUAAAAUUUGGAGUUUGCUUUGAAAAUGCUGGUGUCUGAUCUUGGGUCUAAACUGGUCCUCUAUCAUGCUUUCAAAUGCCACAUCAUGGCUAUGAUUAGAUGUUAUCAUCAUCUGUGAUUAGACAGGAUUUCAAACUUGUAGCUCUAUUUUUUUUGGUAAACAAAUGUGUUCCAUAACUUGCAAAUUCUAAGGUGGAUAAUCUCCAUAACAUGGGAUGUUCAUGCUAAGCAGAUGUGAACUGUGAGCUAUAAGAAGUCUGGAAUAAGAGCACCACCUGUUCAGGAGGCAUAUGUUCAACUUUGAAGCCCACCAGCACACGUUUAAGGAUCACUCUGAGAUGCAGAGAUUGCUAGUUUUAAAAAGUAUUUAGACAAAUUCAUGGAGAACAGGCCUAUCGGUAGCUAUUAGCAAUGAUGGCAAAAUAGAACCUCCAUGUUCAGGGGCACUGCACCUGUGAUUGCAACAUGCUAGAGACCACCAGCAGAGGAGGAUUACUGCCUUCAUACUUUGCUUCUGAGUUUCUCAGAAGCACCUGGCUAGCCACUCUUGAAUGCAAGAAGGGGCUUCCAUGCAUUGAAAGGGCAAUGGGGCCACACUACCAGCCUCACCUUUAACCCCGUUCAGCUCUCCAGUCCCACUCCUCAGUGUCCACACAUUGAGUGUGGUUGUGUGUAGUUGGCAAGCCUGCUUUCAUAGAUCCUUGCAUGCGUAGGCUUCCAUUCCUAAUGGAAACAUCCAUGGAUGUUGGGGUGGAGUAGGACCAGUGGGACCCCCUCCUUCAGCAUGUAGAGCCCCCACUCUUGUGAAUCAAUGUGGCUUGGACAGAGCUCUGAUUUGAUCUAGCAGCCCUACACCUGUGUUCUUUAUUUACCUGUAUGCUAAAAGUUGAGGUGGGAUGCAUGCCAAUCUAGUUUUAAACGUGGGCCCAGGGCACUGCUGGUAUGUCUUUGGUACAUCGAAAGCCUGUAGCCUUGAGCACAAUGAUGUGGAACCAGGUCCUGUUGAAAUCUGAGGGUCUUUCAAAGAAACACAUUAAGGUUCCCAAACUACUGAUUGCUUUUCUCCUCUCCCUACCACUCCCACCCCCAAUAAAUAGCUGUCACCUAAUGAUUAGUGAUAUAGCCUGCCCGGUUCUGCUAUUUUCCUUUCUUUAUGGGAAAUCAAUGUGAUGGAUAAGACACUUUUAAAUUAGGUUUGUAUAUUUGUGCUAUAAAUACAUUUUGCUGUGCUUUAUUUUUGAAACUUUUUAAAAGAGCUACAAGUGUAGGCUACAGCUGUAAACAAAAUGAUUGAUUCCUGGAUUUAUUUAUUUAACAAGCAAGGCUUUACAUAGUUGGGAAGAUGGCAUUCUCAAAAUGCCUUAAAUAGAUCCUGGGGGAAAGACGGUUGUAUAAUAAAAUGAUUGCAAUGUUUUAAUAUAUGUACUGUAUUAGGAACAUAUUUGUUUCAUUUUGGACAGAAUCCUGACAUCAUUUUUAAUUGUCCUGUAUGUUUUGACAUCAGUCAAUUCAUUUUAUGAUUCUGAAGCUGUCAACUGGGCAGCAGUUUAUGCUAAUCCAAAUGCUUAUAAUUCCUUCUCAUUUCAAGGGGAAAAAUACCAGUGAUGGCUAGUAUUUUUGAAGGUUUAAACAUAAAAGAUUAGCUCAUUUAUAGCCCUUUUAUUAUAGAUAGGGACUUCUGGUUCUUCUUUUUGUAUCCUCCAGCUUAAUCCUGCGCUUGUCUACUCAGAAGUAAGUCCCAUGAUACAUAGGCCCAAUGUACUCAUGCAGUAGAAUCAAAUGCUAAGAUUUUUCUGGAUUAUACAACUUCAGGCUGCAAAUGAGGAACCUUUCUGAAUGCAUCCCGACCCCCUAAUGACAACGAGGCUUCCUUAUAUGUCAAAAAUGUGGUGCACCAGGGAGAAGGAUUUAACUUAGGCUUUGCUAGGGAUGGGCAAGAAAUUCAGUUCAGUUUGCACUUAAAGCAAACCUGCCUACAUUUGCACUUUUAAAAACCAUAUAUGAAAAUGAAACACAGCCAUACUUUGAAAUUUGCACUUCUCUGAAUUUUGCAGUACAGUUCUCCAAACAAGUAAUGUAUACAAAGAUGUAUAUUUUAGGGUAAGGUAUGCAUGAAAAUGCAUAUUUGAGUGGAAAUAACAUACAAAAUGCAUUAGAUCAGGAUAAAUUGAUUAGCAAAAAUGUGUAUAUUAGGCAAAAAUGCGUACAAAAUAUGUAUGCUAGGAGAAAUUAGCCCUGAAAUACUGGUGGAUUCUUAUGGGAUUUUCACAGACUGAUGUGGAAAUAUGGAGAACAGAAUUUAUGAGUGGAACAAUGAGAAACUGGGAGAAUCAAAGCCGAAAAUUCCCCCAAUCCCAGGCUUUACCCUCAUAUGGUAUAUUUUUAGAUGGUGCUAUUAUUUUUCCAUAAAGGUGACACAGCGUUCCCACCUGCUGUCUGAAUUGGUACAGUCCAGGAAAAGUUUAUCACCUGAUACUGUUGCAUAUGUAGUUGGACCUUACGUCCUAGUAUGUUAGGCUUAUUUAUUUAUUACAUUUAUAUGUCCUGCUCAAAGUGCAUGGUUCUCCUGCUUCCCCAUUUUGUCCUCAUAAACCCUUGUGCAGUAGGUUAGGUUGAGAGAUAGUGACCGGCCCAAGGUUGUCAAGGGUGGGGUUCACCAAUGUAUCCCUUUGGUACAAGUCUUUCUGCUUACACAAUGGAACUUUCUUCCUGCAUAUACCCCACACCCUUCCUAAAUUUGCUCCAAGGGAUUGUGGAAGAGCCCAGGACAGAUUUAGGGGGCACUCCUGAGAAGGAGAGGUGGAGAAUGUUCUCCUGUGCAAGUAGAAACGUUCACAUAAUUGCCAAGUGCCCCGGAAAAAACAGGACAUCCUGUUUUUUCGUGUGAGGUCAUGGUGGCCAUUUUGGGCACCAUGAUCUCACAUAUUCUCAUAUUGUUCUCUUGUCCUGAAAAGGUGCCUUUUUUGGACUGAGAGCGAGGCACUGGUCACGUCACGCACCCAGGAGUGCAUCCUGGAAGAUGCACGUUCAGGUUUUGGGUCUGAAAAAGUUGGACGGUGUUUAUUCAUGUAGCACUGCUUUGGAUAAAACCUCCAAUGAGGCUCAUGGCUGAGUGGGAAUUUGCCCCUAUGGCUCUCCCUUCUGAAGACUGAAGCAUUACUCUAGUAUUAUUUCUGUACCCUGGGAGGAAUAGGCAAGUGAAACCCUGUAGGACAUACAUUUGCUUUGCCAGGGCUUUACCCUGGGGCCUGUACCUCCCUAUGGAGAAGAGCUGCAGCUCAGUGCUGGAGCACCAACCUUCCAUGCAAAAGUUCCCAGGUUUAAUCCCUGGUAUCUCCAUGUACAACAGGCAGAAAAAUGGUUAAGUAGUCUGCCAAGGCCAUUUUCAAGUGGUCCCAGGGGGAAAACCUCUGAUCUAGAUAAUGAUGAAUGAGGUAGCCCAAUAACCUAACUUGGUAUAGGAUAACAAUGCUUUUUUGGGGUAGUCUCCACUCCCUUCAUAUGUUUGCCUGCAUUUUCAAGGAAAUGGGGCGGGGGCAUUAUAUACUGUGAGCCUUAUAUAGGCUACCAUUCUUCUAUGACUGUCUUUGCUUUAAAUCAGGGAUGGGGAACCAUUUUCUUCCCAAAGGCAACAUUCCUUACUUGGCAGCCUUCUGGGAACCAUAUACCAGUGGUGGGCAGAGCUGUGAAAGAUGAUUAUGCAGAUUCAUGAAGGGUAAGGCUGUCACUGGCUUCCAACCAUGAUGGCUAUGUUCUCCUACCAUGGUUGGAGGCAGGAUGCUUCUCAAUACCAGUUGCUGGGAAUCACAGGUGGAGACAGCGAGCUGUUGCACCGAGGCCCUCCUGAUGAGUUUUCCGGUAGGCAUCUGGUUGGCCACUGAGAACAGGAUGCUUGACUAGAUGGGUCCCUGGCCUGAUGGAGCUAGAGGCAAAAUUGGGCAGAGCAACGAAGGGGGUUUAUAAGUGGGGCAUCACAAUUGAGAAGACAGUCACUACCCACCUUGCUCCAGAUAAAAGGGACACCUGGAGGAGUACCUCCAAAGAUGACCUCAGUAUACAUGCAGGUUGAGAUGGGAGUAAAUUUUCAUUUAGUGAGAUAAGAAUGGCGAUAGCUAACAGGUUGGGGAUCUGCAAAUGCAUGGCAACUGUGAACUGGUUUAGGCAGAGUUGUCUCUGACCCACAGGCUGUUUUCCAUGAAAACAUUUUGAACAGUCAGUGAACCUAGAUGGCAACAAACAUAAAAAACCCUUGAUCUAAGACAGCCUUUGCCAAAUUUAUGCGCAGGCUAGGGCUGAUGGGAGUUGUAGUCCAAAACAUCUGGAGGGCAUCAAGUUGGCAAACUCUGCCCUAAGACAAUUUCAAAAAUAAUAAUUAACCUCUGCCUAUAGCGCUGUGGGUUAAACCACAGAGCCUAGGACUUGCCGAUCAGAAGGUCGGCGGUUCGAAACUCCGCGACAGGGUGAGCUCCCAUUGCUCGGUCCCUGCUCCUGCCAACCUAGCAGUUUGAAAGCACGUCAAAGGGCAAGUAGAUAAAUAGGUACCGCUCCGGCGGGAAGGUAAACGGCAUUUACGUGCGCUGCUCUGGUUUGCCAGAAGCGGUUUAGUCAUCAUGCUGGCCACAUGACCCGGAAGCUGUAUGCGGACAAACGCCGGCUCCCUCGGCCUACAGAGCGAGAUGAGCACACAACCCCAGAGUCGGUCACGACCGGACCUAAUGGUCAGGGGUCCCCUUUACCCUUUACUAUAGAUUACCAGAUAAGGCUGCAAUUACUGGGGUGGGGAACCUAUGGCCUUUCAGAUGUUGCUGGACUACAACUCCCAUCAUACCUGAUCAGUGGUCAUACUGACCAACAAAAUCUAGAGCAGGAGUGGGAAACCUCUCUAGAGGUUACUGAACUGCAGCUCUUAUCAGCCUUAGCAGGAAUGGCCAAUGUCCAGGGCAAAUGAACAUCUGGAGGGCCAAAGGGUCCCCUUGCUUUACCCCUGGGAGUAAGUCUCGACAGAGUUUCCUUCUGAGUAGACAUGCAUAGGACUGCACUGCCAGCUAUCUACUCUUGAACAUGCUUUCGUUGGUCCUGCAUAUGUUUUAGUGGAAAACCACACUGCUGGAUUGUGCCCCAGUCCAGAAUUGAAUGCACUAGAUCUUGAAAGACUCACUUUCUAGGUGAUUAGGUUCUCCAUUAGAGUCUGGGGAAAUUGUGACAAAUCCACAAGACCAUUAAAUUAGAGAACAAGUCUUGAGUCACAGCAGCACCUGAGUAAAAUCUGUAUCUUGAUUGUGCUGAGCAGAGUCGUGUUUAAGUCCUUUCUAGUAGGCUUGAUAGAGUCUCAUUUAGCAAGAAUCUCAGCUACUGCUGGUAAUACAACAGAAACUAACUCAAGGCUCACUGAGGAGCAGACAGGCGCCUUUUCUGUGUGUAUGUGCUUGGGAGACAGAGCAAACAUUUUAUUUGUUUUAAUAAAAAUGCAAGAUUGGUUGUUAAGCCAAUAAUGAAUAAAGAAUGACCCUCCACCUUGUUUUUAUGUGCUAUCUAAUGUAAAAUAUCUCGUUCCAUUCCCCAGCUUAGCUGGUACCUGGUGGCCCAUGCCUUUCUAUAGUAAGCUAAAUCCUCUUACAAGGGCCACACAUAAUGUCCGUUCCUCACUUGCAAGAAGACUAUCAUUUUACUGUGUAUCUUAAUUAUGGGUAGCUGUAUUUUUUCAAUUGGUUUUAUUCUUAUUAUUUUGCUAUUGGCUUGGUAUUGCGUCUUGAAGUGGAAGGCAGUAUAUAAUUUCAGUUAUAAUAAUAAUAUUAGUGGUAAUAAUAAUGUGGCAGUCUCUGGAACUCCCUGCCCAUUGAUAUUAUGCACUUAUUGUUUCUGAUGCCUGCUAAAAACAUUUUUUGAUUAGGCAAGCCUACUCAGACAUGAAUUUUAAUUAUAUGCAUUUAUUUUAUCUUAUUUUUUUUUAAAAAAAUCAGUUGGCUUUUAUCUAUAUUCUGAUAAUUUUAUUAUGUCUGCUUUUUAAAAAGUCUGUUUUUUAUGGCUGCUUUUAAUGAAUAUUUUAUAACAUUUUCUACAAGCCACUUUCAGAGUUUUUCUUUAAUUGCCGUUAAGCAGUGUAUAAAUAUUCUUGCAUUGCAGGAAGAGUUGGCCAAAUUCAGGUUGGUUGUAACAAAGCCCUAAAUCUUCGGUGUUUUAAUAUGGUUGCUGCAUAAUUACAGUGCAUAUUGAUCAGUCUCUGCCACGUCUGCUCUCUCGCCCCUUCCAGAUUAA